CGGUUCUGUCAGGGGCUCAGCUGGUACCGGCACCAGUAUGGUUCUGACACAUGGACGGGACAAACAUCUGGAUCUGUGUUUGAUUUAAAAAUACUUUUUAUUUGAAUCUUUGCUUUAAAACGUUCAGUUCGGAGCAGAAGUUCUGUUGGGUUUUCCUGCAGCAGAACCAGGAGCGGACCUGAGGAUGAGACUCGGUUCUGGUUUCAGACCCGCAGGUCCAGAACCUCUGAAGUGACUGUUACCAUGCCGACCUGCAGGAGGGUCAGAGGGCAUUAGGAUGAACGUUCUGACAGUUCUGCUCAGCUGGACUCUGGUUCUGCUGCGGCCCGGUUCUGGUUCGCUCAGCCGGACCAGGUUCGAACAGGCAGCGGACCGUGGAGUCUUGGGGGGAUCGUGGAUCCGCGUGGGACCGCCGCCGAUCCAAGCAGACGCGAACCCGAUCAGAACCAAACUGACCGCCGGACCGAACCGGGACCCGCUGCAGCAGGACGGACCCGGGAGUCCGGGGCGCAGAGACGCUGCGCGCUCCGGGCGCCCCAAGCCGCACGCUCCCGCAGCUGCCGGCGCGCGCGCGGCGGGAACCGGAGCCGGAGCGCCGGGAAGAGCCGCGUCCAGAGCGGCCGCGGCGGCGCGCGGCGGGCUCCCGGCGGCGCAGCGGGGACUGGGCAAGAACCCGAACCCGAACCCGAACCUGAACCUGAGGCUGCAGGUGGACCAGAAGCAGCCGCUGGUGGUCCCGCACGACUACAUGCUGUCCCUGUACUGGUCCCUGAGCAGCGGGGACCUGAACGGCAGCGCGCUGCACGAGGCGGGACUGGCCAACACCAUCACCAGCUUCGUGGACCGAGGACAGGAUGAGCGCGGACCCCUGCUGCGGCGCCAGCGGUACCACUUCAACAUCAGCUCUCUGGAGCGGGAUGGGCUCCUGGGGGCCGAGCUGCGGAUCCUGAGGAAGCGCGUGUCGGACCCUCGCUCGGCCUCCUCGGCUGCUGAAGGAGGGGGCUCCUCUCCGUGCCUGAAGCUCUACACCUGUGCUUCAGGUAAACAGAAGCCGGGCCUGCUCCAGACCAGGACCAUGGAGGACCUCCUGAGCGGGUUCACCAACAAAUGGGAGGUGUUUGACAUCCAGAAGGUCUUCAAGGGUCUGAGAGGCCAGGACCAGCGCUCCCAGCAGCUCUGCUUGGAGCUGGAGGCCCUGGAGCACCGAGGAGGCCGGCCCCUGGACCUGAGGACUCUGGGCUUGGCCCGGUUCGGCAGGACCACCAAGGAGAAAGCCUUCCUCCUGGCCUUCGGCAGGAGCAAGAAGGGCGACCUGUUCUACAACGAGAUCAAAGCCCGCUCAGGUCACGACAACAAGACCGUCUACGAGUACCUGUUCACCCAGCGCCGGACCCGACGAGCCCCCGCCGCCAGGGCCUCCAAGAAGCCCCCCCGCCUGCCCACCCAGACCCUGCCCCACCCACAGCUGGCCAAGGUGAGGCCUCGCUGCCACCGGCGGCGGCUCCACGUCAACUUCAAGGAGAUGGGCUGGGACGACUGGAUCAUCGCGCCGCUGGAGUACGACGCCUACCACUGCGACGGCGCCUGCGACUUCCCCAUCCGCUCGCACCUGGAGCCCACCAACCACGCCAUCAUCCAGACCCUCAUCAACUCCAUGGACCCGGACUCGACCCCGCCCACCUGCUGCGUGCCCACCCGCCUCAGCCCCAUCAGCAUCCUCUACAUCGACUCGGCCAACAACGUGGUCUACAAGCAGUACGAGGAGAUGGUGGUGGAGUCCUGUGGCUGCAGGUAGCAAGACCACCUGGACCUCAUCCAGAACUGAGAGGACCUGAGGAUCUCAUCAAGACUUUUGUUUCUCAUCAGAAGACUGAGGUUCUGCUGUACGGGUGCCACGCGUAACAUGAAAUGUUACAAAAUAUCACUAACAUUCAUCGUUUACCUCACUGGUCUUAUUUAACUCAUUUUUACUAAAUGUUAAAAACAUCAGUUUAGUAAACUUUUCAUUUAAAAACAAAACAAAUCAAAUACAUACAUACAACAAAUACAAAUCACAAA